UGCCAUUCACCUUGUUCACUGACAUGUGAGCCAUUGCAAAUUGAUUAAAAUCUUGUAUCAUGCCACAAAUUGCAAAUAAACCAAAUGAAUCCACAAUAAGAGUGCCGUUUGAGACGCCACGGCUGGCCGAGAUCGCCUACAGAGUGCUCAGUGUGGACCAAGAACCUCGCCGGAAUUUCGUGCAGAAAACAUUGAGCCUGGAGGGCGAUGUCCUGGUCGUUAAUUUCCAGGCCGACCAAGUAAAAAGCCUGCGCACUGCUAUCACCUCCUUCUUCGAGGGUCUGCUCCUCUGCCAGGACACCAUCAAACAGUUCGGAGACCCCCAAGAGGACAAAGUAAUCGCCGAGGGCCAGGAUAAUGCCGGAACACAGUCCGGCUCCGACUCCGCAUAG